UGUAAAUGAAUGAUCGAACCUGUACCAGCGUGGACAUGUAUAUUAUAUACAGCAAGUGUCGAUUUUUUUUUAGGACAAUCGAGUCACGGCGAUGCAAUUUGAUUUGUUCGGGAACGUGAAAUUCAUUCGUACAUGAAACCUGCGAGUCAUUUUCUUUAUUUUCAUACGAAAACCCCACCAAAUAAAUGGCAUUUAAUAAGGACUUUGACUUCGGAGUCAACAACUCAAGUGUUUCUUUGCAGGAUCAGAAGUUGUAUUUAGGCGUGGGAUCGCUCGAUGGAGACAUCAACUGAAUGUGGGCAUCACUUGAUCUUUACUCAGGAGCUUCCUGCGUGUAAUAUUGCUUCUGCUUCUGCUCUCAGCACAUUGCUCUGUUCCAAUGCGUGCCAGCAAAAGCUUUUACGGCUGGAGGGAAGUCUAGAGCAAUUUUGGCUUUCGAGUAUCAUUAGGAGUGGAAAUUUUCAUUCUUUUUUCUUCGCCUGCAUAAAUUUUGAUGCUACAGAUGGUGGGAAUUGCUGUUGCUGGUUCUGGUCUGUUUCAUGCAAAUGCUAGCAGUAAGUAGCUUGGUCUAUUUCAUGCCAAUGCUUCUGUUAUAUGUUCAGCAUCUAUGUUUAAUAUGUUGCAAUUUGGUCUGUUUGCCUAGAAACAGGAAGUAUAUGUAGUGCACGUUCUUAGGUUAAAGUUUUUAUUUUUGCGGUUCAGGGCAUCUUUUUGUGUAUCUUUGCAGUAAAUAGAUGCUCAAGAUUUCUUCAGAUAUGGUGCACUUUAGAAUGCGUGUAGGCUGUGCCCGGUGGAACCCGUGUGGCCACUCCUUUUAAGCAGAGAUGGUAAUGUUAUUGCAUGUAUCCGGUGAAUGUAGGUUCAGUAAUUCCAGAUCCUAGGGGUAGGUGAAUCUCAUGAGAGACCCAUUAGAUCUAAAGGUCGAAAUGUAUUGUCUCGCAUAGGGAGGAUUCAUAUUAAGGAUCUUGGAGGGAUAGCAGAUCCACUAGUCACUUAAUGUUCUUUUGUAGUUGUAGUCAACAGCCUUUUUUAUAUACUACCUUGUUUGUUCGAAUGCCAGAAUCAAGGCCAUCAGUCUCGAUUCCUGCCCAAUUGCAUAAAGAAUUCACGCCAGCUCUCCCAGCAUUUAUUUCCUUGAAUCAGUGGCGACACGAAGUACUUCCCUCCAAGUCUCUUCAAAGUAGUUUGAUUAGAUGUUUUGAUACAAAUAAGGCAGCUUCUGCUAGUUCUGAAGAAAAUGCAAAACCAAAUAACAGAUAUUUUGGCAGAGACACGAUAGCUGAUGCUGCUGCUAGGAUUGCUCCUGCAGUUGCUAAUAUAUAUGCUCAACAAGGGGAAGACCGGGAGAUUGGUUCUGGAACUGUUAUUCAUGAGGAUGGCUACAUUUUAACAUGUGCUCAUGUUGUCGCCGACACAACAAACGCAGUAUAUUUGGCUGAUGGGAAGGUUUCUGUAUGCUUGCAAGACAUGGAGAAAAAUAUUGUAGGCCGGGUUGUUGAUGCUUAUGUGGAUCUUGACAUUGCCAUUAUAAAGAUCGAUUCCCCAAGUUCUCCCCUUCCAGCAGCAAAAGUUGGCUCAUCUAGUAAGCUUCGUCCUGGAGACUGGGCAAUAGCCGUGGGCAGUCCACUUUCCCUUCAACAUACUGUUACACUCGGGAUUAUCAGCUGUGUUCAUCGCACAAGUAAUGAAUUGGGACUUACAGGAAUGCCCAUGGAGUAUAUACAGACAGAUUGCGCAAUCAAUCCAGGAAAUUCUGGGGGUCCUCUUUGCAAUGUUGAUGGAGAAGUAGUUGGUGUCAAUGUUGAGACUAUGAAUGUGGAAAAAGCAUCUGGAGUGAGCUUUGCUGUGCCGAUUGAUUUUACUUCAGCAAUCAUAAAGCCCUUCCAGAAUUGUCGGAGGACUGUACGACCUGAUUUUGGCUGGGUUAUGCGGAAUGUCAGUGACAAGAACUUCCAAGCACUUAAAAAAUAUUACCCCACAUUUCCUUAUGCUAGAGAUGGUGUCUUUGUACAAAAGGUAAUAAAAGGAUCCCCUGCUGAUCGUGCUGGCAUUCGAACCGGUGAUGUGGUCGUGAAUGUUAAUCUAAAACAAGUUCGAAACAUAAAAGAGAUGAUGGAUGUUAUGGGGGAGAGAUCUGGGGCACCUGUCAUGGUAAUUGUGAAGAGAGUCAGGUUUGGCAAGGAUGAUUUCCUUUGUCUGAACAUAAAUUUCGAGGAGAAAGAUGACGCUGCUCCGAGGCCUCGACUUUGAUCGAAGCAUAGUUAUUUGCAGUACAAUAAAAGUCCAGGCGAACUGGUACCUUGGAUCAUUGUUUUCAUGAGAGGACAAUAAUGUCCCACAUAUCAUGUCAUCAAAGAACCUCGAUCUGGUGAUUAGAAUAAAAUGUGAUUGUUUUCUUUGCAAGAGAAUCUGUACUA